CCCAGGGACUUACAGCUGACAACGAAAACAAAGAAAGGCAUGUUUUUCCUCCCACCCGCUACUCAUUGUCAAGAGGGAAAAAUCAAACAUUCACUGUAUGUUGUUUAUUCAGUUCACACACUGAACGCCGAAAGCACAUCCACAUCCACAUUUGCAGGCACACUUAGAGAGGGGUUUUAUAGAAACAUCCUGUGUUGGUGACCGGACUGUAAGAUAUUAUAGUAAAGAAGUGAACACUAAGAGAAGACGUUUAAAGAAAUCACAGGGAAUCAACAAAUUUUGUAGAUGGCUGAUGGUCUCUCCACCUUGUGAUUUCUGGAGCCUUCCUCUACUAUGCUCAAUCUCAUCAAGCUACCUCAAGUGUUUACCAUCAACCAAGUUCCGAAAGUUUUCCAUGAGGAUGGAAUCAUUUCAGGGUAUCGCCACCCAUGCAGCUCUGCCAAAGACUGUGUGCUUAGUCUUUUCCAGCUGACAAAUGAAACCCUCAAUAUUUGGACUCAUUUUCUUCCUACAUGGUUUUUCUUAUGGAAACUGCUGACGGUAGUGCUGGUGCAGGACGACUGGCAGGAUCCUUUCACCUGGCCCUUGCUGGUGUUCCUGUUGUCAUGCUGUGUGUACCCACUCGCUUCCAGCUGCGCUCAUACCUUCAGUACCAUGUCAGAACGGGCCAGGCACAUUUGCUUCUUCUUUGAUUAUGGAGCACUCAGUUUCUACAGCCUUGGUUCUGCCAUCACCUACUCUUCUUACUCAUUUCCAGAUAAAUGGGUUAAUAGCACAUUUCACAAAUACUAUGUUCCUAUAGCUGUUUUCAACUCCAUUAUCUCCACUGCACUGGCCUGCUACUCAAGACUUGGUUUACCAUUUUUUCAUUAUAAUUAUCACAGCAUUAAAAGGUGUUCUGGGAAAUUAAAUGAGAAACUCUGUAAAUAUCUACGGCUAAUCGCUUUUGUCUAUCCAUAUUUCUUUGACAACAUCCCUCUCUUUUAUAGAAUCUUUGUGUGCAGUGGUGAGGGUUGCACUGUUAAUGAGGCCAAUACUGUUCACUAUCAGCACACAUCAUUGGCUGUCCUCACUGGCUUUCUUUUUGCCACACACCUACCUGAACGCUUGGCUCCUGGCAGUUUUGACUACAUAGGUCACAGUCAUCAGCUCUUCCACGUGUUUGCUAUUAUUGGCACGUAUUUCCAGAUGACUGCCAUUGAACUUGACAUGGCUGCACGAAAGCAUUGGCUUCAUGCUAAUUUGCCACAAGUCACCCUUUCAGAUACUGUGGGAGCUGCAUUCUUUAGUGUGGUCAGCGGCCUUUGCAUAGUAUAUGUCUUCAGUCUGGCACUUUUCUCCACUAGAGGGGUGAAGGACAAAUUAAUUUGAAUUUUGACAUUUGAUAAGGUUAUUCAGGGCAGCUAUGUUAGCUUCCCUUAAUACUGAGUAAAUAUAUAUUGUGUAUAUACUGUAGCCAUUUGUUCAAUGGAAACAAUUUCAUUACAUUUUAUUUAAAAUUGGAAAGACUAAUUUAUAAUUAGUUUGUAUGUUUGAUUAAUGUUUUUGUAAUGAGUGUGUCAUUUGUGUUCUUCUAAUCACAUGCUUAGCAUUUGCACAAUUUUGAAACACAUGAAUCAGAUAUAUUAGUUUUUACAAGUGCUUUUUUAUAAUCUGACUUUUUGA